GAGUGAGGAUUUGGAACUUUUGGGAAUCAAGAGAAAGCAGAAGCAGAGGGUUCGAAUUCCUCUGAUGUUCGAGAUGACAGCGACAUUGAAGAUUUUCAGGUUUUCUGCAGGGAAAUGGAAAAUCCUAAGGUAUUUAAAGCUCUGAAAGAUGAAGAAAGAAUACAAACUGAAAAUUCAAGAAAAGCUGACGGCAUUUUGCAUGCACAGAUGGUUGAAAAUCAACAAGGAGAAUCUCAUAACACCUGCGGGAAGAAAGAAAAGAGAUCUGCUAAUGUUUCACCCCACACUUCAACUGAAGAUACAUGUGAUGUUGUUAAUUCGGAACUUGAGGAGGACUGCAAGAGUGAGGAAGAAGAGCAUAAGCAUUCAACUGGGUCUGGAUCCACAAAUGACGGGAUUCAGCUUGACAUGGAUGCUAAGAUCCCUGGUAAACAUGGGAGGCGUGUCAGAAGAAGAAAGAGAAGAAAGAAAGUGCCACUUAGGAAUUUUAAUUCCUCAAAGAAGUCAUUAUCUCGGGAAGGCACCUCUUCUCUAGGAAACAACGGCAGCAAUUAUGAUAAGAAAGUUAUAUCCCAGAAUUCAAGUCCACCUCAAGAAUCUGGAAAGAGAAAUAUUUCUGGGGAAAAGCGUAAAAGAUUACAUUGGACAACUGAGGAGGAAGAUAUUCUAAAGGAGGCAGUUCAGCAAUUUGAUUGUACACCAAAAAAGAAUCGUCCUUGGCGCAAGAUUUUGGAAUUUGGUCGUCAUGUAUUUCACGAAACUCGCACUCCAAUGGACCUUAAGGAUAAAUGGAAGACUGUGACAAGAAAAAGCCUCCACUACUAGGACCCAUGUUAUUUUGAUCACUUGUAUAUAAUACGAAAUGUUGUUCAUCUUUAAUUUUGUCGGAAACUAACAUAUUUUGCAAGGGCAAAGUGUUUUCACCAUGCUGCAACUAAAUGAUGUUAGCAUUGCACCAAAAUUGUUCACGAUCAUCUUUUGCCUGGACAACUUAUGUAACCACAAAUUUGGAAUGUCCUUGGAAAUCUUUGGGUGAGAAA